AUGUCUACUAUUACAGCAUUAUCACCAAAUCAGGUGAACGAUGAAUUGCAGAAGAUGCAAGCGUUCAUCAAGAAAGAAGCAGAGGAGAAGGCUCGUGAAAUUGAGUUGAAGGCUCAGCAGGAGUACGAAAUCGAGAAGACUGGUCUGGUACGCAAUGAAACUAGUGCGAUUGACACCAAUAUCGCGGCCAGAAUGAAGAAGGCAGCUUUGAAGCAGCAAAUUGUGAAGUCCACUAUUGCCAACAAGAUGAGAUUGAAGGUGCUAGGAACUAGGGAAGAAGUGCUAGAUGAGAUUUUCGAGAAGGCCAAGGCUGAGUUGAAGAAGAUUUCUUCCAACAAGAAAGAAUACAAGCCUGUUUUGCAUGCGUUAGUCUUGGAGUCAUUGCUAAAGUUGCUUGAACCAAAGGCUGUUGUCAAGGUCAGGGAGGCUGAUGUUGAAGUUGUGAACUCUUUGUUGGAAGAGGUGACAAAGGAAUACGAGGAAAGAACCGGUAAGCAAGUCUCCCUCACCGUUUCCGAAGACUACUUGAACAAGGACAUUGCUGGUGGUGUCAUUGUUUCCAACGGUAACGGCAAGAUCGAGGUGAAUAACACUUUGGAGGAGAGACUAAAGCUUUUGAGCGAAGAAUCGCUCCCAGCUAUCAGAUUAGAGCUAUUCGGCCCUUCCAAGACCAGAAAGUUCUUUGAUUAA